AUCAACACGCUGCAGUGGGUCUUCCUGCUCCUUCACACAGAGGACAAAAUGAGGAAGGCGUAUUCUUUGGAGAACAGAACUAGAGAAGUCUCUGUUAUAGAAGAUGGUUUCCAGCAGAGGACUGAGUCUCCCUCUAGUCCAGAACAUUCAGAUUCAGACAACAGGAGACAAGCUCACCCUACCCUGUUUGGAAAAUACAGCCAGAGCCUUCAGACCCUGAAACCUUUCCGCUGGUCCUCGCCUGAGUCCCACCCGUUGGACAAUGCAGGUUUCGUGUCUUUUACAACCUUUGCAUGGAUGACCCCCAUGAUGUGGGCCUUGUUCAGGAACAAGCUGGACAUCAGCUCUCUCAACCUGUCUAAGGCGGAUGCAGCAGAAACCAGCGGAGACAGGCUCCAGAGACUCUGGGAGGAAGAAGUGGCAAAGGUUGGCCUGGAGAAGGCUUCUCUGACUCGAGUGAUGCUUCGCUUUCAAAGAACCAGGCUGAUUAUUUCUGUCAUUACUGGUGUCCUUGUCAUGAUUUCAGCGUUUCUGGGCCCGGCUAUUCUGGUCAAUGAGAUCCUAAACUAUGCUGAGUACCCAGAGAAGUCCACAGUGUCCCAUGGUGUUGGUCUGGCCUUCGCAUUGUUCACCACCGAGUUCCUCAAAAUCUACUUUAUAUCCAUGCUGUGGGCACUGAACCUGCGCACAGCCUGCAGACUGAAGGGAGCCUUCUCUGUAAUGGCCUUUGAGAAAGUCAUCUCUCUGCGGGUUCACAGCGGCAUUUCAAUGGGAGAGAUGAUUAGCGUUUUGACCAGCGAUGGCCACAAAUUAUAUGAGGCGGCAUUGUUUGGGAGCUUCGUGCUGUCCAGUCCUGUGCUCCUUAUUGCGUGUGUUGUCUACGCCUGCUACUUUCUGGGCUACACUGCACUGACCGGAGUUUGCACCUACCUCAUCUUCAUCCCCGUACAGUUUGGCUUGGCCAGGCUCAUUAACCUAUUCAGAUGGAGAGCCAUAUUGAUAACCGACAACCGUGUUCGCACAAUGAACGAGAUUCUCAACAGCAUCAAACUUAUCAAGAUGUAUGCCUGGGAAGAUUCCUUUGAAGAGAAAAUUGCAGAGUUUAGGAAAGAUGAGAAGAAGGAAAUUAGGAGUGUCAGUUACAUCCAGAAUAUCAAUGCCAGCAUCACCAGCAUCAUCCCAACCUUAGCCACUGUCCUCACCUUUGUUGUACACACGGCGCUGGGCUUAAAGCUCACCACCACCGAAGCCUUCACCACCAUCGCCAUCUUCAACUCCAUGAGGUUCUGCCUGAGUAUACUGCCCCUGUCUGUGAAGGCCCUGGCUGAGGCUGCUAUAUCACUGAGACGGCUGCAUAAAAUAUUGCUGCUACAGAAUCCAGACAACUACGUGAUCCAUAAAAAAGACAGUGACUCAGCAAUAGUGAUGAAAAACGCUACAUUUUCCUGGAGCAAACCAGACUCCCCACCGAGCUCAGCCAAUGGCAUGACAGGACACAAAGCUGAGGAGAUGCCCCAGGAUAAGAAGGAUGGGACUUUGCCAACCCUGAAAAACAUCUCCUUCACACUGCCAAAGGGCAACCUGCUGGGUGUCUGCGGGAAUGUGGGCAGUGGAAAGACGUCACUGAUUUCCAGCAUUUUGGAGCAGAUGUUCAUUCAGCAGGGCUCCCUCACAGCCGACGGGACAUUUGCCUACGUUUCCCAGCAGGCCUGGAUAUUUCAUGGAACUGUUCAAGACAACAUCCUGAUGGGGGAACCUUUUGACCAGUCCAAAUACGACAGAGCUUUGGAUGCUUGUAGCCUCAGAGCUGACCUGACAAUCCUCCCACAUGGUGAUCAAACUGAGAUUGGAGAGCGAGGACUGAAUCUCUCAGGGGGGCAGAAGCAGAGGAUCAGCCUGGCCAGGGCAGUCUACUCCGAAAGGGACAUCUUUCUCCUGGAUGAUCCGCUGUCUGCAGUCGACGCACAUGUGGGGAAGCACAUUUUUGAAGAAUGCAUUAAGAAGGAGCUCCAGGGGAAAUCUAUCAUACUAAUUACACACCAGCUCCAGUAUCUGGAGUUCUGUGAUAACAUUUUGCUGCUGGAGGACGGCGAGGUGCGGGAGGCUGGAAACCACCAGGCCUUGAUGAAAGCCAACAGACGCUACGCUCAGCUCAUCACCAACUACCAGAUGGAACAGUCUGAAACUGAGAAUAAGGAGGAGGAAGUGUCACCUAAAGACACUGCCCAGCUGGGGGACACUGAGAUAAGGGAUACGACAGACAACGGUUUAGUGAACCCAGCUUUUGACAUGUCGGACGAAGGGGAUGAUGGAAUGACUGCUGACCAAAAAUCUGCUGUCGUCGGUGAUCAGCUGGUCACUGAGGAGUCCACCACAGAAGGCUCCGUCCCCUGGAGAAUCUACCACCAAUACAUCAAAGCAGCUGGAGGCUACAUCGUCUCCUUCCUCACUGUCCUAAUUGUGGUGGGGAUGAUUGGAUCCACAGCCGUCAGCAACUGGUGGCUCAGCUACUGGCUGGGGAUGGGGGAUGGGUUACCCCAUAACAACACUACAAACCACGGUGACAUCUCACAAAACCCAGACCUGUCCUUCUACCAAAUGGUUUAUGGCGGACUGAUGAUUGCCACGGUGGCAUUUGCCAUCCUGAAAUGCUUCACCUUCACUUGGGUUACCUUAAGAGCAUCCUGCAAGCUCCAUGACAACAUGUUUAAGAAGAUUUUCUCGAGUCCCAUGAGUUUCUUUGACACGACGCCAACCGGCCGCAUAGUCAACCGCUUUGCUAAAGAUCAAGAGGAAGUGGACUCUGUGCUCCCCCUCAACAUGGACCCUUUCUUGCAAUUUUCUCUGUUGGUCGCCUCUACGAUAAUCACCGUUGCAGCCGUCUUCCCUGCCAUGCUGAUUGUUGUUUGCAUUUUGGGAACUUUGUUCGGCCUUAUUCUCUUUGUAUUCCAAAGGAGUAUCCGUCAGAUGAAGAGGAUGGAGAACAUCAGUCGCUCUCCCUGCAUCUCUCUCACCACAUCCACGCUGCAGGGCAUGAGCACCAUCCACGCCUACAACAUAAAAAGCAAUCUCAUAAAACUGUUCAAGGUACUGAAUGACAUAAACUCCAACCAUUUUACACUGUUUCACUCUGGAACACGUUGGCUCUCCUUCUGGCUGGACUUCAUGGCUUCGACCAUGAUCUUGAUGGCGUCUCUGUUCGUAGUACUCACCAGUAGUGCCGUAAUCGAUCCGUCUUUGAAAGGCUUGGUCAUGUCCUACACCAUACAGCUGACGGGAGUGCUUCAGUAUGUAGUGAGGCUAUCAACGGAGGUGGAGGCCAGAUUCAACUCUGUGGAGCGGCAGCAGGAAUACAUUCAGGGUUGCAAGUCUGAGGCCCCCAGACACAUAAAGGAGGCUCAAGUCCCAGAUCACUGGCCAAAGGAUGGAUCCAUCACCUUCCAGCACUAUCAGAUGAGGUACAGAGAGAAUACACCAGUUGUUCUCAACGGGCUCCAUUUCCACAUACGAGCUGGAGAGAAGCUGGGCAUUGUGGGAAGGACAGGCUCUGGGAAAUCCUCUUUAGGCGUGGCUCUGUUCAGGCUGGUGGAGCCUGCAGCAGGAAACAUCCUGAUAGAUGGCGUGGACAUUACGGCCAUUGGACUGCAGGAUCUGCGCAGCAAAUUGUCAGUCAUCCCCCAGGAUCCCGUGCUGUUUAUUGGCACAGUCAGGUACAACCUGGACCCAUUCAAAAAGUACAAUGAUGAGGAGAUCUGGGCGGCGUUGGAGAAGACCUACAUGAAAGACUCAAUCUCCAGACUUGAGGGGAAACUAGAGGCCCCAGUGCAGGAGAACGGAGAGAACUUCUCUGUAGGAGAAAGACAACUGAUGUGUAUGGCUCGAGCACUUCUCCGCAAGUCAAAGAUCAUACUUUUGGACGAAGCCACAGCAUCCAUCGAUGCAGAGACAGACGCCUUGAUCCAGAACACCAUUAAAGAAGCCUUCCAGGACUGUACCAUGCUCACCAUCGCACAUCGUAUCAACACUGUGAUGCACGCUGAUCGUAUUCUGGUCAUGGACGCCGGAGAGGUGGCAGAGUUAGACGAUCCAGACGUGCUGAAGCAAAGACCAGAAUCUCUGUUCUCCUCACUCCUCACAGCUGCUAACACUGUCAACACCUGAACCACACACACACACACACACACACACACACACACACACACACACACACACACACUUAUAACUGUAAAAUAGUAAUUAUUUUAACAAAAAAAUCUUAAUCAAUCCUUUCAUAUUGUAAUCUGAACCAGGUGCUUGUAUCAGAUGUCACUGAGCAGCAGACAUGGAGUUUAAUGUUCUUCGGAACAGGACGAAUAGUGAUAAAUUUAUGUCUCCUUUCUGCUGAAACAAGUACCUGGACAAUGUUGUAUCACAUGAUGUUUUUAUUAUUGGAUAUGAAUGUAUAUUUAAAGCAUAUUAUUUAUUGAUUUUCUAUUACUUUGUUUGCUGUCAGGUCUUUGAAUCUGCUGGGUGAAUAUGCACUACAUGUUAUUGCAUUUCAACAUAAAAAAAAAAUUCAGUGUUACUUGUGUAACAUAAAUUUAAAAUAAAUCAUAAAAAUGUUUACGUUCCAGUUGCACUGUGUGUUGUUGGCUCCAAUCCAUGACACAUUACUUUUCUUCCUUGUUAUUUUCUGUCAUUUAAAUAGUGUUCAGAAUAGGGCUGGCAAUCGAUAAAAAAAACCCUUAUUUAUCACAUAAUUUGCUGUGAUUACUUGCAAUUAACUGCUUAUUCAUCUUGACAGCACUAGCUGUGACUCAUUGUUAGCUUUUUGUGUAAUAAUUGGAGCACAAUAUAUCUCAUUACUUAUUUCUGCAGGCUAUUGAGCAGCCUAUUUUGUGUUUUUUUUUCAUCAAUUGACCCACCACCCACUAUCAGCUUCAGUGAAACCAUUUAGAAAUGAGGAAUGAAGGGGUGACGGUAAUGCUCUAGUGCAGCAGUUCUCAACCUUGGGG